CCCACGCUCUUAUCACCACCAGUAUCCAUUAACGAAGGCCUGUGGUGUCUAUUCUGCAAUUUUCACAUCAGCCAAUUAGUACUAACAAGUAAAAAGCUGGCGCAUGUUGCCGUCACACCUCAUCUCACCAGAAUGGCCAUCUCACGGCAUACGAUCACGAAUCGUGAUGAUGAAUCAUUUCUUUUUUGUUUUAUUUAUUUAUUUUUUGAAACUUUGGAUUCCGAUGAUUCUAGGGUUAGGGUUUCCUCCAGAGUCGUUGCCAUCUAAACCCUGAUGCUCCUUUUGGUUGCUGAGCGAACCUCGGGAAAGAGAAGGGAAUCUUGGAAUCUCACAACCGUGGAUUUAAGACCUACAUUUUCUUCCCUUGUUCUUGUGGUUUCUUGUUAAACAAUCGGAUGAUAAGGUUCUUCUUUGUUUCGACGGAGUAGAAUUCGGGGAACAAAAAAUCUUUAGUGCAGCUUCGUUUUCUUAAUCCCGAUGAAUGUUUUAUCAUGAACUUGAGGGGAAUGUACUAUGUCCUUUUGCUAGUUUUCGUCCUUUGCGCCUGCCUUUUUUCUUUUUUUCUUUUUUAAUAAUUUUGCCCUGAUAUAAGUUUUUCUGGAAGCAGUCUUCAAAACAAACAAAGCUUUAGUAGAACUUUGAGACCUCAUAUGACGGUUCCCAGGUGUUGCAUUGGUUAUUGAACAUAAUGCCCGGAUAUUGGAGAUGAAUGAUGAUGAGUCAUGUUUCAUUCUCGGACGUAAAUAAACUUAAAUCCUGGGUUUAAAACCAUAUUGCGGUCGACGACCAUAUGAAUCGAUCCCAUGGGGUUUGCUCAAAGUAGGGGGGCUCUAAAUGGUUGGAUGGGUUGAAUUCAAAAGAACUUUUAAAGAAGAUAUCUUGCUGCAUCCUAAAUAUCGAGGAUGGUAAUAACACGGAGUGGCGGUGGUGGUGGUGAUUGUGGAAGGCAGGGAAGAAAGCUCAAAGAUUCGUCUACUGGAGAUGCUAGCAGACAAAGACAAUCACCUUUGGGGUCAUGUGCUGAUUCAGACCUGAUAUCAUGGUUAAGGGGACUGGCUCUGAAUCCUUGCAACUAUGAGGCCUCAAAAGAGUCAGGGGGAAGAUUAUGGGAUCAGCUUCUUAAACUGCGGAAAAUUAUGUUUCUGACUCAUUCUGAAUUUCCUCGGAGAAAGCGGGCACUUCAGCAGUUUCUAAAGGGUGAAUUCACAACUACUCCUGGACUGGUGAAAUCUGAUCAGCAGAGUUUCAAGAAAUUGAGAAGGCAAUUCUUUCACACCUCUUCAAUUUCAUGCUCGCUUAAUUCGGCUGACUCCAUUGGAAGCGACAAUCAGUGCAUUGCUCAUAACUCGCGUAGUUUAGGUAGUUUAUUGACAUUUGAGGACAAUUUUCGAGGAAAACAUGUAUCUACCGAUUUACCUGUUUUGGAUAAUUCAACAGACUCGAGUUCAUUAAAAAGGGAUUCUUCUCCCUUAAUGGUUUCAGAUGAAUCAAUUUAUGGUUCUAAUCCAGUGAGUACAGAGAACUUGACCAUCCAUGAUGCUUCCUUGCUGGAUUUUGAUGACUCGGUUUACAGUUCAAACUCAUCAAAUUUGGAAGAACCAAAGCAAACAGAUCAUCAGACACCUCGACGAUCAAUCAGGUUAUUGAAGUUCAUUGGUGAUUAUCUUCCAAGAAUGGCUAUUCCUGUUGGGCCUUUCUUUCAGGCCAAUGUUCCUGACUGGACUGGUCCAUCUGACCAAGGGAAUCUUUGUGGUAGGGAUGGUGAUUCCGAAAGUUCAAGGUGGUUAGGCACCCAAAUUUGGCCCGUAAGAGGGGAAAGUACAGAAACUUCACCUAAAACAAUUGGGAAAGGCAGACCUGACUCUUGCUUCUGUGCCUCUCCUGGAUCUGCUGAUUGCAUCAAACUUCAUGUUCAUGAAAAAAGUCUCCUUUUGCAAUCUGAUCUUGGUCCUGCUUUUAUGGAUUGGAAGUUUGACGAGAUGGGGGAAGCUGUCUCAAAGUCAUGGUCAUUGAAAGAACAAAAGACCUUCCAGUCUCUGAUGAAGUCAAAUCCACUUUCUAAUGAAGUGAAAUUUUGGAAGCAUGCCUUCAAGUGCUUCCCAAACAAGUGCAGGAAAAGCAUUGUUAGCUAUUACUUCAAUGUGUUCCUCCCUAGACAUAUAAGCUUACAGACUAGAUCAUCCCUUAAACAAGUUGACACUGACGAAGAUGAAGCUGAAGAUGUUAAUCAUACAGAUUCCCAGGAAGGUCGUGCUAAAGAUGUGAAAGCUCGAUAUUUGCGUCGGGGUUGUUGAUAGCUGAAGGGUGGCAAUCAUAUAAACUCAUCAUAACUUGGUGAUAUUAAGAUCCUUUUUGUAGCCUGGUUUUUAAACCUUUUUUGAGUAUGCAUCAAGGUGUUGUUUGGGUUCUCAAACACUAAAAUUUUGAUCAUAUCAGCAGCAACUUGGUUAAUUUACUGAGUUGUUUCAUUGAACUUCACUUUUGAUCAUUUCUUUAGCAACUUGGCUAAGUUUCUUGAGUCAUUUCUUUUAGCAUAUUACUUGGCAAGUUUUUAAUGUUUAAGCAGGAGUACAUCUUGUAGCAAUCAUUUUUUGCAAUUGAAUUGUAAAAUACGAAUGUCAUUUAUUUGUUACUUGAUAUUUAUUUUUCACCUUAUUGAUGCAAUA